AUGGCUCCUAUUGAUUCCGGAUCUCUUGUACUUGUGACUGGUGGUAACGGCUUUAUCGCUGCCCACUGCAUCGCUACUCUUCUUCGCUCCGGUUACAAAGUCCGAGCGACCGUUCGAUCAGCUGAAAAAGGCGAUUCGACACGAGAGUCACUCAGCGCCGCGGGUGUGAGUGUGAGCGAUCUUGGAGGCUUAGAAUUUGUCGUUGUUCCCGAUCCGACCGAUCUUCAAAGUCUCUCGUCUGCCUUGCAGGAUUGCCAAGCUGUACUACACUUAGCAUCGGCUUUCAACUACGAUGCGGUCCCAGCAGAAUUUGAAGAAAAGUUGAUGAUGCCGGCACUCAAGGGUACACAAGUAGUCUGUGAGGCAGCCGCACAGCAGUCAACUGUACGACGAGUCGUCAUCAUGUCAAGUUUUGCAAGUGUUUAUGACGCUAGUCUGGGACUUCAGCCUGGCCGUGUAUACACGGAGGAGGAUUGGUGUCCGUUGACCUAUGAGGACGGCGUUAAUGCAUCGGCUGUUCCCAUCGCCUAUCGCGCCUCAAAAGUUGUCGCCGAGCGAGCGGCCUGGGAUUAUGUGCGAGAUCACCAAGUGAACUACCAGCUUGUUACACUCUGCCCUGGGAUGGUAUUCGGGAAGAUGAUCCACCCUAUUUCAUCUUUAGAUGGAGAAAUUCCACCUACCAAGGCGCCCGUAUGGGUUGAUGUUGAGGACCUAGCGGAAGCUAGUAUGAAGGUUUUGAGCUAUCCAGCGGCCAGUCACGACCGUUUCUUGGUUACACAGGCAUCGUACGACACCCAAGAGAUUGCUGAUGUCGUUCGUGCACAGCUUCCAGACAGACAUCAAGCCCCGCUUGGUGAGCCAGGAAAUCGCCUCGCUCACACACAUUAUUCCUGCGAUUCUUCCAAAGCAGAGAAGGUGCUCGGUCUCAAAUUCAAGGGGCUAAAAGAAUCAAUUAUUCCCUUGGCCGAACAGCUGUAUGACAUGGCAAAGCUUUGA